AUGUUGGGCCAUGAAGGUGGCAAAAAGAAGCUCCUGAAACACCCCAAGAAGCAGGCCAAGGAGAUGGACAAGGAAGAUAAGGCUUUCAAGCAGAAACAAAAAGAGGAGCAGAAGAAACUCAAGGAGCUAAAAGCCAAGGCCACAGGGAAGGAACCCCUGGCCACAAGUGGAAUUAAGAAAUCUGGCAAAGGGCUAGAAUGA